AUGGCCUCAAAGAAAUCUACCCGCAAAAGGCCCGUGGAGUGGGAGGAGCAUUCCCCUGGUGAUCGUGGAAAGCUUGUCAAGCACGGCAGGUUGACAACGGCAGCCGAGGGGUUUUUCGAAGCACUGAGUACCGGAGGCUGGUGUUACUCAUUGCUUUGCCAAUUUGGGCAGCGACCAUCCCGCCAUCCUGGAAGCUGUAAUAAGAGCGAAGCAAGUACCAAGGUUCCUGAGAUCAUUACUUGUCCUUCCGAGCUUGUGGCCUUGUCCGCAGCACUGGGAUAUGCCCAGGUCACGGGUAUUCCGCAAUGUGUUCUCGUACAUGUUGACUGUGGAACUCUGGCUAUGGGACAAUCCAUCCACAAUGCCUCAGCGAGCAGAGUGCCGGUUUUGUGUUUUGCGGGUCUCAGCCCCUUCACUCAAAACGGGGAACUGCUAGGCUCAAGAACCGAAUUCAUACAUUGGGUGCAAGACGUGCCUGAUCAAGCAGCGAUUGUCCGCCAAUAUUGCCGUUUUGCAGGGGAGAUCAAGACUGGACGAAAUAUCAAGGAGAUGGUGUAUCGAGCUCUGCAGCUUACUAUGUCAGACCCUAAAGGCCCGGCCUAUUUGACUGCAGCGAGGGAGGUUCUUGAAGAAAGUGUGGAGAGGGAAUAUCUCGGAGAGCAAACCCUCUGUCCGAUAGUACCCAGUGCAUUGCCAGAGUCGGAGGUGGAAUUGAUUGCGACUGCACUUAUAGGCGCAAAGAGACCGCUGGUCAUUACGGGAUAUCUGGGUCGCAAUCGCCAAGCUCCUUCCCUACUAGCAGAGCUUUGCGAUAAGCUGCCAAUAAGUGUGGUGGAAAUGGUAGGCUCUGACAUGUGUUUGCGGAGUGACCAUGAAGGGUAUCUGGGCGUCACUGUCACUACACACUUAGAAGUCUGCGAAGCGGAUGUGAUUCUAAUCCUGGACUGUGAUGUGCCAUGGAUCCCUACCGCUGGAAAGCCACAGAAGGUAUUUUCUUUCAAUAUGACUCGCAGACUCCGAGUCAGUUGCGCGAUUGCACUGAAGCAACUCAAUGCCUUUCUCGACAAGCAAAGCAUUGACAGAGGGCGCUACACCAAAGCGUUUGAAGCACGCAGCAAUCGCUAUCAGAGUUGGCGGGAAAACUUACGCAGUUUAGAGACUGUAUCUGUGAAAGGUGUCAUCAGUACUCCGUACUUGACAUCUAGACUGCGAAACUCCCUUCCACAGGACACCAUCUAUGUUCUGGAGGCUGUCACCAACGCGGGGCAUGUUAUCAAUCACCUCAACCUAACUCAGCCAGGUUCUCUUGUCGGCACUGGGGCCGGUGGCUUGGGAUGGGGCGGCGGUGCCUCGCUGGGUAUCAAGUUAGCCAAGCCAGAUUCCUUCAUCUGUGCAAUCAUCGGAGAUGGAUCAUAUCUCUUCAGCCAGAUGGAGAGCGUGUAUUGGAUUGCCCGGCGCUAUAACAUUCCAUUCCUGUGUAUCGUGUUAAACAACAGCGGGUGGAAUGCACCCAAGGUGUCGGCUCUUCUUGUCCACAAGGAUGGGUUGUCGUCAAAGUCGAACAUGGGUGAUCUCAAUCUCUCGUUUAAUCCCUCGCCUGACUAUCCUGGAAUUGCCGCUGCUGCUGGUGGUGCAUGGGGUGCAACUGUCAAGGUACCAGAAGAGUUGGAUCCAGCUCUCAAGGAGGCAAUACAUGUUGUCCGCAAUGGACGAUGUGCUGUCGUUGAUGUGGCUGUGCCGUCAAUGUGGAAGGAGAAUUAG